AUGCGUCGCGCUGCCCUUUUCGCCCUCCGCUCGGCCCGACGCUCUGCCUCUCGAAAGCUCGUCUCCAAAUCCUCCCCCUUUGCACCUCCGAACCAUGUCGUAGCCUCGGCCAAUGCUCAUUCAUCCUCCCUCCUCCGCAGAUACAGUACGUCUCGAACACCGUUUCAGUCCUCUAUGCGUAUACCCAAGAUACCAAUCCUCUUCGUUGGAUCCCUUGGAGCGAUUGGAGCAUGGUAUGCUUACAGAGGUGAUGGGCCAGAGCAUCUUCUAAAAGGUCAACCAUUGUCAAUAUCAGCACAGCCCAGCAGGGCUCUGAGCACUGGUGCAGAUAGUGCGCAGCCUACUCCAGAACCUGCUGACCCAGUGCCGGUGACUGCGGGCCCCGAACCGUAUCGAAAAGCAUUGGUGGUUGACAACGAUCAAUUCUUCACCGGCUCCAUAGUCGGGGACGGUCCGUUAGCCAAGGACACAGAUGAUUACGGCAGGAAGGUGCUCGAGAUGAUGACCCCCGAGCAAGCGUCAGAAAGAUUACGGAAGAAUGAACAGUCAUUCCUCGUCGGUAGAGGACGCGGCGUGGUGAGAUAUGAUAUGGUCCAGCUUCCCAGCAACGACCCCAUUGAGGAUGACCACGCCGAGAAGAUUGUUGAAGUUCCGAACACAGUCGCUGCAACGGAGGGCGCAGCGUCUUCGGAUUGGAUGUUCUGGGGUGUUUUCGACGGCCAUUCAGGAUGGACAACCUCCGCCAAGCUGCGCCAGGUCUUGAUCUCCUUCGCGGCCCGCGAGCUCAAUCGCACCUACAAAGCGGCUCUAUCAGACGUAAAAUCCCCUUUCCCUUCGCCCGCAGCUGUUGACCAAGCUCUCAAAUCCGCCUUCGUCAAACUGGACAACGAAAUCUGUUUGGACAGCGUCAAUAAACUCAGCAAAAACCCCAGCAAACGACUUGCUGCUGAAAUCCUUGCCCCUGCUUUGUCAGGCUCCUGCGCCCUGCUCUCCUUCUACGACUCCCAAUCAAAGACCCUCCGCGUCGCAUGUACAGGCGAUUCCCGUGCGGUACUGGGCCGCCGCAACCCGCAAACGGGUAAAUGGUUCGCCACGCCGCUUUCAGAAGAUCAAACAGGCUCCAAUCCAAACGAAGAAGCGCGUAUGCGUGCCGAACAUCCCGGCGAGGAACACGUUAUUCGAGCCGGCCGAGUGUUGGGGAAUCUGGAACCAACCCGUGCGUUCGGAGAUGCAUUUUACAAAUGGUCGCGUGAGACGCAGGACCGCAUUAAGAAGAACUUUUUCGGAAGGACGCCACACCAGUUACUGAAGACGCCGCCGUAUGUCACUGCGGAGCCUGUGGUGACGAGCACAAAGAUCAACCCCUCGGAUGGCGAUUUUCUCGUGAUGGCCACGGACGGGCUGUGGGAGAUGCUGACAAACGAAGAAGUUGUUGGACUCGUGGGUCAGUGGAUUGAGCAUCAGAACAGACUUGCCAGUAGCAAGGCUUCCGGCGGGUCGAAUACCGCUGCGUGGUUGACGAGUUGGUUCAAAUCAUCAACGCCCAGUGGGCUGCCGGUUGAGAAAGGCGGCAAUAUGGAUAAGACCGGCCGUAUCGACACAUCCCACAACCAGAAGGACGCCAAGGAUGGCAAAGACUCGUCCAGCGCCAACAAUGUCGAAAAGCCCAUCCGACAGCAACAAUGGGACAUUCCUGCCUCGCCUCCUUCGACGUCGAAUCGUUUCGUCGUCGAGGACAAGAAUUGCGCAACUCAUCUUAUCCGAAACGCACUGGGAGGCAAAGAUAGGGAUAUGGUGUGUGCGCUGCUCACGUUGCCGAGCCCUUAUAGUCGGAGGUACAGAGAUGACUUGACGGUGCAGGUCAUCUUUUUCGGCGAGGCGGGCGAAGCUGAUGGUAAAGUUGUGAUCAACGACGAGGCAACGGCGCGGCAGGUCCAGAAAACCGCCGAGGACGGGCAGUUAAAGGCGAAGUUAUAA